CUGAUGUCCCGCCGCCGCCGCCGCCGCCUCCUCCGGCCAUGCCGUCGCCCUCCAGUUCCUCACAUCAUUUGCCUGACCGGGGCGACGACCACCCCAGCCCCAACCCGAGCCCGGAUCCGGGCCCGUCUUCGAAGCGGCAGUAUCGUCCGACCAGUAUUGAGAACAUGCUAUGUACCGCGCAAGACCCGAGUUAUGCACGUGGCACCCCGAACGCCCCUGUCAUCUACUAUACUGGCGAGUCUGCCGGCAUGGCUUUGCUCUUCGACGUUUGCUAUCCUUCUCGUCCCUUGCCAGGCAACUUUUACAUCAUCCAGCGCCAGCGUCGUUACUUUCCCCCGGCACAUACCACCUCUCCCCUGAUGGCGCGCCCGCUGCCUGAACCGGCGGCCCUGCAUGACAUGAUAUGCUGCUAUUUUCGUUACCUUCACCCAUAUUUACCAGUCAUCGAUGCGGGCCGUUUCAUUUCAGCAUUCGCCGACCAGCCAAGCAGUAUCAGCCCCCUCCUACUAUGGAGUGUCUUAUUUGCUGCCGCUACGUUCGUCAAGCCAGAGCAUUGGCAAGCUGCUGAGUUUAGGACCAGAAAGGAAUUCCAAGAGGAUAUCUAUCGACAUGCCAAGGUGAGUUUUCAGUGCUCCCUACGGACAUACAAGCCGUCGUGUCCCUGGCAAAGAACAACGUUUUCAAAGCAUGCAAGAACAGAAACACUUGGUACGCCCUGAUCAGAGAUCCGGGUGCCUUUGAGAAGUUCGAGCGCUUGACGCGGUACUUCGAAACGCACUCCCUGUGAGGGGAUAGCGAGCCCGAGAUACCACGCCUCACACUUUAUCAUACACCUACCGAUAUCUCUUGGGCCAUAUCCCUACCCGUCAUCUGUGGACGGUGUAGGGCUACUCAAGGCCCAUUCGCUUCUGCCGAGUCAGGAAACCCCUGCUGGCGUGCUUUUUUGGAACUGAACGGACCCUAGGGAUUAGCUAAUAAUCUCCACUGCUCUAGGCACGAGAGGAAAAGUGUACACUACAGAUUGCCUGACUUGUCGUACGCUACUAUGGCGGCACGGCACAUCAUAUGCCCAAAGGGCGCUCUGGUUGAUCGGGCUUAGUUAGUUAGAUAGCUAGGUUCCUGUCCCUGAUGAUGUUAAAUACUACUACUACUACUACUACUA